ACUGUGGAACUGCCCCUUUGUAACCUUUAGAAAGUAAACGAGGAAGUGAGUAUGUUGAAAAUGAAAAGCAGUUUAACAAGUAACCCUGAUUUUCACAGUUAUUUCUAAAAUUAACUGCAGGAUGAUCACCGACUGAAAUAUAAAUACAGACCCUUCACAUUCUCUAAAAGAAGGCAAGUAAAAUAAAGGUAAAAGCACAUGAAGAAAUAAAUGGCUGAAUCGUCAUCACAAACAAAAGGCAGAAAAAGAAAGAAGAGCAUGGAAGUACUUGGUGCAUUUUCAGGUGACUCCAGCAGCCUCCUGUCUGAAGAGCAGCUGCUGUGUUCGAUCUGUCUGGAUGUGUUCACUGAUCCAGUCACCACUCCAUGUGGACACAACUUCUGCAAGAGCUGCCUUACACGGUGCUGGGAGAAGAGUCAACAUUGUUACUGUCCAUUAUGUAAAGAGAAAUUCACCAAGAAACCUGAACUGAAGAUUAAUACAACACUGAGAGAGGUUGCAGAUCAUUUCAAGAAGAAAAGUGUUCCAGACAAACCUGAGGUUCUUUGUGAUGUCUGUACUGGAGAGAAGGUGAAGGCUGUGAAAUCCUGUCUGGAUUGUGGACUGACUUUCUGUAAGUCUCAUUUAGAACCUCAUAAUCAUGUUCCAAGACUUAAAAAACACAAACUAAUAAACCCUGUGGUGAAUCUGGAGGACUACAUAUGCCAGAAACACGAGAAACCUCUGGAGCUGUUCUGUAGAGAUGAUCAGACAUGUGUGUGUCAGUUCUGCACUGAAGGAGACCACAAGAAUCACAACACUGUUCCUAUAGAGGAGGAGAGCAGAGAGAGGAAGACUCAGCUGGGGAAAACACAGACAGGAGUGCAGCAGAAUAUUCAGGCCCGAAUGAAGAAGAUAAAAGAGAUCAAAUAUUCAGUAGAGCUCUGCAAAAGAAACACAGAGAAAGAAAAAGCAGACAGUGUUGAAGUCUUCACUGCUCUGAUUCGCUCCAUUGAGAGAAGUCAGGCGGAGCUGCUGAAGCUGAUGGAGGAGAAGCAGAAAGCAGCAGUGAUGCAGGCAGAAGGACUUAUUAAAGAGCUUGAGCAGGAAGUCACUGUGCUACAGAGGAAAGACACUGAGCUGGAGAAGCUGUCACACACUGAGGAUCAUCUCCACCUCCUACAGGUUAACUCGUCCAUGUUUAGCCUUCCACUCAACAAUAACUGGACUGAGAUCAGUAUUAACACUGAUCUGAAUGAGGACACUCUAAAGACAUCUCUGUCUCAGCUUCAGCAGAGUCUGAAUGAGAAACUCAAUAAAACACUUGAUAACAAGUUAAAGGAAGCAGAACUGAAGAGGAUUCAACAGUAUGCAGUCGAUGUAACUCUGGAUCCUGAUACAGCAAAUACUUAUCUCAUCCUGUCUGCUGAUGGAAAACAAGUGACAUGUGGGAAUGAAUGGCAGAAACUCCCUGAUACACCACAGAGGUUUACUAAAUAUGGUAUAGUUCUGGGAAAACAGAGUUUCUCCUCAGGGAGAUUUUAUUAUGAGGUGCAGGUCAGAGGGAAAACUGCCUGGGAUUUAGGAGUUGUGAGAGAGAACAUUAACAGGAAGGGGGAGAUUACACUGAAUCCUCAGAAUGGAUUCUGGGUUGUGAUCCUGAGGAAUGAGAAUCAGUAUAAAGCUUGUACUGAUCCCCCUGUUCCCCUCGUACUGAGAGAAAUUGUGGAGAAGGUGGGAGUGUUUGUGGAUUAUGAGGAGGGUCUGGUUUCCUUUUAUAAUGUGAACUCCAGAUCUCUUAUCUACUCAUUUACUGGUCAGAUGUUCACUGAGAAACUCUAUCCAUACUUCAAUCCUUGUUUAAAAAAAGGCUCUCAAAAUUCAGCACCACUGAUCAUCUCCUGCAAUUAAUAAUGAAUAAAUUUUUAGCUCAUAGUUGUAUAACCUGUUAAAAUAAAUAUUUUACUUUAUUUAAUAAAUAUUAAAUGUUUAUAGUAUUAUAUACAUAUUUUUAGAAUGUUGAACUUUUCUUGGGUUUGCCUACCAGAUGUUACAAGUGUGUUCAUUUGUCCUUCCUAAAUUUCAUAUUCUCUCUACCUGUUAUCAAUCUCCCUGUGUCUAAGUUCCUUCUCUGUGUCUGUUUGUUGGUUGGUUGGUUUUUAAUGUCAUGUGGUCUACCUUUUGUGGUUUGUCUCCAUCCAAUGUCUUGACAUGUCCCUUUUGGGGUUUUUGAUUUUAUAGAUUUCUAACCUUUCUACUGUGACUUUCUUUUGUUAUUUUGACUGUUUGUGUACUUCUCUAUUUUAAUGUCUUUGUGUAUGUAUUCACAUGCUCCCCUGUGGCACAUUCUGGUUGGGCUUUUACUUUCACCUAAUCAGCUGGUUUUAGUCCUGAAUGUGACAUUUACAAUAUUUUAAGCAAAUCACUUUUACACAUUAUGAAGAUGUU